AUGUCAAACGCUGUGUUAGAGGUCGGUUCGGGUGUUGUUGUUCUCACGGUGGUCUGGGUCCUGGCGGUGGUCUUUGCUAUGAUGCUGUUCAGAGCAUCGGGAUCAGCAAGGUAAGUGACCACAAAACCCAGAGAUGAUUAGGCAUAAGCGGCCAAUUAAAGCUUCAGGCAGGCCAAAUGUGGGACCUUUUUCUCCAAUAUCUGUGUUUAUUUAUCCGUCACAUACUGUUCGGGUCAAAUUUGACCCGUAUUGACUUUCAACAGCAGUAAAAAAUACCCUAUACGCAAUUCUUUAAGCCUGAAACUUGAUGUCUUUUCCUAAAGUGUCCCAAAAUAUAUGAAAUUAAUUUAAAAAUAUCAAUAUGUGGGUCAAUGACGUUACGCCUAAAUAUUCUCUCCGGCUGUAUUUUUUUAAGUUAAAAAAGGUUUGAAUGCACAAAAAUAGGCUUUCUAUGUAGUAUCUCUCUCAUAUAUGUAGUCACUUCAACUUUUCAAAAAUCUGGUCUUAUUUGUAAUUUUUCUGAACUUCAAAGUGUCGAAAUAUCAUGUGGUGCAACCAGUAAUAACAUUAACUGUAUUAAAUACAAACUAAAAUACCUAAUUUCUGUAACUGAAACAUUAAUACCUGAUACAAUAUGCUUAAGUGAAAGGUAGUUUUAAAACAUUUCUAUCAGUAUUAUGCAAUUUAAAGAAAAAAUAAGUCAGUUAACUACAUUUAAUAUUGUGACUGUGACAUUAUAGAGCUAAAAUGUGAGAUCAUUAUUUACAAAAAUUCAAAUGAAAUGCAAACACUUUGUUUUUAUGUACUCGAUAUAACUGACAAUUUGUUUAAAAAAAAAAAAAUUAAGUAUGUUAAAAAAAUGUAACAAUUUUGACAUAAAUUAUGGUUGCACCACAUGACAUUUUUUUAAGGCCAUGGGCAAUUUGUCUAUAUAAAAAAAAACUAAAAUUGCCAAAUUUAAAAAUUUAACAUUAAUUUUUGUAUACACCUCCCUAGCGUUUGAACUUUUGCAAAAUAUAUUCUUAUUGUUGCUAUUUUACAAUUGGCAUGUUUCAAAACCUUAUACGUCAUUGACCCAUGUAUUUUUGUAUAUGUGCUACAGAUUUUCCCCUUUGAGGCUGUUACAGGUUAAAUUUGACCCGUAUCUAUUUAGAUGGAUUUUAGAUCUACCAGCAUGGGACAAGUGACAAGCAGUAACAACAGUGUUCAAUAUAAGGCAUGUUGUUCAAAAAUAUAUAUUCAAAUCAUUAAACUAUUAUUACCUUGACAGAAACACACACACACACACACACACACACACACACACACACACACACACACACACACACACACACACACACACACACACACGCACACAGACAUACAGUCACACAGACACACCUAGACAGAGGUCAAGAUGACCUAACCAAUCAAGAGAACCUUCUGUGACAGAAAGCUGCUCUUUGAGCUCUUUGAAAGGGGCAGGGGGAUCCUAAAAUAUAGAAAUAGUAAACAAACAACACAUGAGUGAUCAUACAUGGAGUACAAAGGGAUCAGAAGUCAUCUGGAGGUCAGAGUGUGCCUUGACACAGACAUAACAUGUGCACCUGCUCCUGCAAUAUAAUGUACAAAGUAACAAAUUGGAAUCUGUUUUGAUUGGGAGGGAGGUGGUGGGGUGGUGGGAGUCGUAACAUUAUGAGAAUAGAGAGAGCUGCCAUUUCAGUGGCAAACACUGAACAAGUGUCCUACCUUUGCUUUGAAUGCAGAGACUAGCAGUGAGGACAAACAGUGAGAACAGAGUUCAAUAUGAAGUUUGUUGUUCAUAAAAAUAUUUUCAAAUCAUUAUGACUUUUAUAUUUUUAUGUCUUACAUAAUAUUAGAUGACAUUAUAUUUAUGACGUUGACGUUUCUACUGAUGACGUUUCUACUGAUUUUAUACUUGUUUCUCCUUUUUCUCUAUUCUAUUUUAAUGUUUGCUUAGCUGCUGCUUUUCAAUUGCCCCUAGGAGAUGAAUAAAGCUAUACUGAAUUGAAUUGAAUUAUCCUGUGUAAUAGAUAUUCUUCUCCAAACUAUAUAUAUAUUUCACCAAAAACGAGUGGUGUUAAAACUGAAAAAAUACAGUUUCCCUGCUCUUUGAAACAUUUAGGAAGGACUAAUCAAUAUUUUUUUGAAGUAGCACAGAUCAUUUAAACAUUAUAAAUAGGUUUGGGGUUAGAACUUUGGUGAAAAUACUUGCUACAUGGGCAAUUCUUGGGCUGGGUCAAUUUUGACCCGGAACAUACUGUGAGGGUACAGGAUUUGAACAGUAUGUGGAGGUUAUUUAUCCACUAAAGUACAGGUACUCCGCAGCGUCAAGCUACUUCAGCCAUAAGGGGCAUGUCCAGACAUUGUGAAGCGAUCUUGGAAAAGAUCACUUUUACAAGUGUUUCCCCAAAUUUCAACAACACAGGACAGAUAAGGUCAAAUCAGAGCAGUUGAAAGUGUGUUAUGUUUUUUGGAUUUAGAAGUAUAAUUGAAAGCCAACAGUUCUCUUGUAUACAGCGAAGACAUACUCACAAGAUCAUUGUAUGGAAGAGACCACUUUAACAUUAGCAUUUACCGGCAAACCUUGAACUUGAGGACGCCACUUUGUUGUAUGAGCACGUAUUCAACUCUGCACAGGUACUUCAGAUCCUAUUUUAGACAUGUAUGGUCUUCUAAAGCACAGGUUUAAAAGGAGAAUACAGGUUUGCUUUAUGUUAAAUAGAGAUGAACACAUGAAUACAAUACUUGAAUAAACAUUAACUGAAAGUUCACAUGAAAUAUUCACAAUAAAUGAGGAAUUUCCUUGACUGGCAAAGCUGACAUAUUCCAGAAUACCAUCAACAUCAGAGCCUCCUCAGCCUGUGUUUCCCACUGACUGUGUAAUACAGGUGUUUUCUGCCAAAGGACUGAUUAUGACCCAGUCACAUUUAGUCCUUUGAGUCUUGCCCUGUAUGACUUUAGGUCAGCUGAGAUUAUUUAUAUAAGGACGCGUCACAUGUUGACAUUGGAGGUGUUAAACAUAUUUUUGCACCUGUUGAAGUCCUGUAGCUUUGCAGACCAUCAGUGGAAUCCAUGAUGCUGUGGUCGAAAACAUGAUUGAGGGAAGUAACACAUUUUGCAGUGUUUUUGUCACAGGAAAAAUCUUUUUUUUUUUAAACAACGGUUAAUCGAAGAUUAAUUAUAAACACUUACAAAGAUCAAACAUGGAGAAUACUUAAAGUACCAUGUUUUUCUCUUGCUGUUCAUGUCAGUAACAUUAUAAAUUCCACUUCAGCAUAACUUUGACUCAGCUGAUUGCCUUGUGUACAACACGUUUGUAAAGAGGCUACAGCAGUCACUUUUCACUAAGACUUUAAGCAUAACUUUCUUUAUCCUUUAGAGUGGACUGAAACUCCCACAAUAUUAAUCAGAUUACAGUCUGUGGCUUACUUGAAAAGUUAGGAUGGGUCUUGGUAGGACCUGUGGAUAUUUUAGGAUCAAGUUGCUGUAAACCUCUGUCACACUAAAAGGGAGUCAAGUGGACUGUUAAACCAAAGAAUUAGCUGAUUGUUGUAAGGCACUUUUAGCGCUAGAUGUGAGGACCUGUGUAAGGACACACAGCACUCACUAAUGUGGUAAAGAGUACGUGCCCGUUUCACAAUACAACAUUAUACUUAAAUAACUGCAUGAACUGCUAGUCUCAGCAAAUACUCAGUCCUCAUGUCACCCUCUUUUGUGUGUGUGUGUGUGUGUGUGUGUGUGUGUGUGUGUGUGUGUGUGUGUGUGUGUGUGUGUGUGUGCGUGCGUGUGCGUGUGUGUGCGUGCGCUGUGUGUUUUUCAGGUUAGGAGUCAUCCCUGUGUUCCUCUUGGCUCUAAGCAUCACUCUGGCUCUGGUGUUUUCCCCCCGCAGUCCAGAGACGGAGACCCCUUUUAAAGAGAUAGAGGUAAGCUUUUUGCAUUGAAUAUAUACACCUGAAGGCACACACAAUGUACCAUAUUUGUGGCCACUCUAUGAAACCUGUUAACUGCCACCUUCCCUCUAAUGUCAGUCUGACAUGUCAGAUGACUUAAAGCUAAAAUUGUUAAAACUUUAACGUCUGUGCAUCCAUUGUCUAUCAAAAGAUAUUUGAUUUAAGAGUUAGUCAAAUCUUAAGUUAGCUUUUCUAACUCUUACCAUUGAGUGUUUUGUUGCAUACAGAGAGCUGUUUUUGUUCAUACUUAUUACUGUUGUUCAGAUUUUGUGUCCUAUCUGUGACAUGCAUAAAGAGUGUGCUUUGAACAGCACAAGUGACAACUCGUAUUUAUGAAGUGUCAAGGUUCAAGCUUAAGUGACAUACAAAUCUGUACAAGCAACCUGUUAUUGCACAUACCUAGCAUUGGGGCUGAUGCUUAAACGUAGUCAUAAUUCAUUCAUGUACAUAUUUACUGAUCAGAUAUCGGCAGGUUAGAAGAGAGAUAUUUACUGUCUCUCGUUUCACCUUCUUUCUGUCAGUCAAAAGAGAGUAAUGUGCCUAGCUACAACCUUAAGGGUUAGAUUGCUGUGUCUGGUACUCCAACAUAAGGAUGCCAAAAAAGUAGGAUGGUUCAGAUUUGUUAUUUUGGGACUUUUACCAACUACUGGAACAACUCAGUAGAAAUACAAACGAUAUUGUACCAAACUGUACAAAACGGAAACAGACCACCUGGUGGAAAUGCAACUUUAUACUUUUGUAUUGACAGGGCUGGCUCUCUGCUUGGCUGCAGUUUAGACAGAAAUAAGGAUUCUCAACAUCCUUGUCCAGUAAAAUCAGAUCUCUGUUGGCAAAUACAAACACUUUGUGACGUAUAGAUGACACUGUGGAAAAGUCAGUCUGGAACAAUUCAGGAAAUAUAAUGGCAGAUUUAAAACUGUUAUCUCUGGAUUGGAAUAGACUUGAUCCAUUUUUGUAUUCCAUCGCUACAAGUACAAGCUCUGAGCUUCUAACAGUGUUGAAGAUCAAUUCACAUUUGAGUUCGUUGAAAGCACAACAUGUCUUACACAGGUACUGAGGGGGGUCAUAUAAAGCAUUUGUUUUCUGGACUCAUGAGAAUAAUCCUGUUAGCAGAUAAUGAUUUAUGUUAACAUCUGUACCAACAGCAGCCUAGCAGUCUAGGCAUGCCUCAUAUACUCAUGUGGCACAGGCUCCACUUUGGGGCCUCUUUCUUGCAUGUUACUCUCUAUGCUCUCCCCCGAUUCCUACUUAAUCCACUGUCCUUUAUCUCCUGUCAGUAAAGGCCAAAAAAUGUUGAAUGGUUUGCAGAGUGUGGGUAACUUCAGCAGAGCUAGCACCACUGGUCUUUGGUCUUCUGUGCCUACAUGGCUGUGCUGUUAAAGCAUCAUCCUAGAAGUGAUCCUUUGCUAGCCUACAAAAAACUUAUCUCUGUUUUCUAGACCUAAAUACUGACAAGAUGCUGACUGUCAUCGGUUUGUUUACAUCCAAGUGGGGCAUUAUAGCAUCAUGGCAAUGACUCUGGUUGGCAGAGGGUGCCUGUGCUGCAGCUUAGGUCGCUUUCACACCUGACCAAGCAGACUCGGUUCGACUAGGGAGCUGAAAGUCGCAACAUUGUUGCAUUUAUCACUUGUUUCGGUCCUGCCUUCAUACUGUAAUUUCUAAAGCCCACCGAACUUUCCGAGCAGCAUCACGUGGUUGAUAGGGGCGCUUGUUGAUUGAACAAAGUAGGAGGGGUAUGUAACCUCACGGAUUACAAACAGGGGUGGACUAGCCGUCUUGUAUUUUGCUUCGUCACAUUAUUUUAUGGAAUGCUACAUCGUUAGUGAAUGAAACUGUUCCUAUAAUGCUAUGGUAACUUGUCAGGGAUUGAUCCUGUUAUUUUUCUAACUUUGACGAUCUAACAUGUGACAACAUAUGAGCUCAGAGUUUAAGGACUGUGACCGUUGGUAGUUGUGAUUUGACUUUGUUUAAAUAUGCAAAAUUGUGAAUUUAUGGGUUAUUGUUGUUCAGACAAUUGAGCUAAGCUAGCUAGCAACUGCUAAUGUCAGCGGCCACUUGUUGCCAUAGCAAUAGCAACAAGUGACGCCGUGCUUCCUCUACCCAAGCUGCACUGCGUAUGCAAUGCAUAUAGCGUCAUUACGUACAUUUGGUCCUGUGUUUGGUCCGGUGAGCUCUCACACUGCAUACGAACCGAACCAGGGUUCACUUGCAAGCGAACCAAGACCCACGUUUUCAGGCAGACCAGAGUUCGCUUGUUUGGUCCGCACCAGAGUUCGAAUGAGCUUUCACACCUGCCCAAAUGAAGCGGACUAUCCGAGGAAACGAACUCUGGUCCGUUUAAAGCGGACCAAACAGCUCUGGUGUGAAAGCGACCUUACACACAACAAAUUGUCAGCAUUUUAGUCCCGCAGCAACAACAACAUCAAUAAUUAGUUUAACUGGCUAGAAAUUGUAGUGCGGACCAGUGUGGGGUGACAACUUUAAGCAUGUUCAUCCCUAAUAAAUUCUACUAAGUCAGUAUGCAAAUAGCACAGGCUCUUUUCUGAGAUAGAUUUAGAGAUUGUGAAUAUCCUUUAAAAGGUGUUCACGGAAUGUGACGCCUAACUACUGGACUACAUCAGAGGAAACAGACACUACACUUCUGCCCAAACCAUGGCAAAGAAAUAUUACAAAUGAGUAUUAUUAUAAGAAUCUUUAUUGUUUUGAGACACACAGGCAGGCAUUGUUGUAGUCUGUUAUUGUUGCUCAUGCAUAAUGAGAGCUUUAUGUACAACAGUUGGAAUUAAAAGCAGGCCUGGGAUCUUUUUCAGUUUUGCUGUGAGGCCAUUUGGCUUCAUUCACCACCAAAUGUUUUGGGUCCUGAGAUCACUGAUGUCGAGCACAUACACAAACUGCUUACUUUAGCUGAAUGGUCACACUCAUGAUUUUCUAAAAGACAGAAUAAACAUGCUCUGUAUAGCUUUAAUCUGUUGAUGCAUCAUGACACAACACGUAAGAAAAAGGAUAAAUAAAAGUGAAUUUAAUCAUUCUAAUCAAUUACUGAUGUCAAACAAACACAUAUUAUUAUCAUUGAGUUGUCUAAAUAAGAUUCUAUACACAUCAUUGGUGUGUUUGUGUUGUUUUUUGAGUAUGUGUUUGUGUGCACAGGCAAAGUUUUGGUCAUGUGUGGUUUUUAUUAUUACCCCAUAUGUAUACUUCUAUGGGUUAUGGGUUCUAUUUCUGCUAGACUACAUCAACCUUGACUCCCCUUUAAGCCAGUAUCCGCGGCUCUGUAUACCUGUAAACAACAUAUGUCCCUGUGUGUGUGCACUUCUGUGUAUGUGCUUGUUGUAAAAAGCCUGUUCUGCUUUAUCUUAGUCCAACAGCAACACAGAACAAACACUCCCCCAUGUUGCCUCGGGGUCGUGCCAAUAAGCCAGCCAGAUCUGCCAAGCAAGCUGCCAUCCCAGAGAAAUAGCAGAGCAGAGACUGUCCUAGCCAGCUCUUGUUUUAUAGCCUUUGUGCAAAGACCGAUACAGACUAGCAGCACAGAGAGGCAGCAAAAUGUUACUCACUUAAGGCUUAUGUGUGAACUGAAAAACAUUUAGCCCCUAAAACACUUUAUAGUUUUUUUUUAAUGGGUCACGUAACAAAAUCACAUGUGAAUGUGACACUUAUUGUUGCUGUAGAAAUGUCAUCACCCACCAGUCUGCCUUGAAAUUUUACAAGUUUUAAAUCUGGGGUUAAAACUUGGGCCUCUUGUAGUUACUCUAGGAUCUCACUAACUUAUAGAAAUAAAGUUUGGGAUUUUCUUUGGUAAAUUGCUUCAGUUGUAGGGCUGUAGAGGCAGGGCCAGUGCACCUGACCAAAGUCUUGCGAGUAUUUGAGUCAUUAGCGUGCUCAGAUUGUUUUUAACAGUGUUUCCUCACAUUACAAAUAAUCUCUGCUGACAGCCUUUGACCCUUUUCAUUUAAAAGAUAAUCUGUCAUUUUAGAUCAGAAACUGUGGUUACAUCUCUGUCUCCAAACCCACCAGUCUCGAUUGACAAAAAUAGCAAAACUAUCUCACAUUACAAGGGAGUUAUUGGUUUACAGCUACCUUGACUGGUUAAAGGCACAGUGCAUAGAAAUGUAGAUAUUCCAUAGUGAAAUGCUUCUUCGCUCACCCCAUCUGUCAGUGACAUGAUGGUGGCCUGUAAUGCAUGAUAAUUAGGAUCCUCCAUUUGUCAAGGUUUCAGUAACAAGAAGUCUAUUGAUACAAAUCCUUUUACACACAUCCUUUUACACACAACGCCCACUUUCUUCUACGACUUAAAGGGUGAGGCCUUCAUGGAAGGGAACCUGCUCUUAAGGAGGUUUAAAAUGUUCAGUUAAAGUUAACAAAACACAACCAUUUUCAUUAUCGUGGUUGUGACAGUGGGGUAACAUUAGAAUGUCGCUGGUGGUUACACAGUUUAACUGCAACCACAUGACUAAGGUCGCUUUCACACCAGAGCUGUUUGGUCCACUUUAAACGGACCAGAGUUCGUUUCCUCGGAUAGUCCGCUUCGUUUGGGCAGGUGUGAAAGCUCAUUCGAACUCUGGUGCGGACCAAACAAGCGAACUCUGGUCUGCCUGAAAACGUGGGUCUCGGUUCGCUUGCAAGUGAACCCUGGUUCGGUUCGUAUGCAGUGUGAGAGCUCACCGGACCAAACACAGGACCAAAUGUACGUAAUGACGCUAUAUGCAUUGCAUACGCAGUGCAUCUUGGGUAGAGGAAGCACGGCGUCACUUGUUGCUAUGGCAACAAGUGGCCGCUGACAUUAGCAGUUGCUAGCUAGCUUAGCUCAAUUGUCUGAACAACAAUAACCCAUAAAUUCAUAAUUUUGCAUAUUUAAACAAAAUCAAAUCACAACUACCAACAGUCACAGUCCUUAAACUCUGAGCUCAUAUGUUGUCACAUGUUAGAUCAUCAAAGUUAGAAAAAUAACAGGAUCAAUCCCUGACAAGCUACCACAGCAUUAUAGGAACAGCUGCGUUUACUAAUGUUGUAGCAUUCCAUAAAAUAAUGUGACAAAGCAAAUACAAGACGGCUAGUCCACCCCUGUUUGUUAUCUGUGAGGUUACAUACCCCUCCUACUUGGUCCAAUCGACGAGCACCCCUAUCAACCACGUGAUGCUGCUCAGAAUGUUCGGUGCGCUUUAGAAAUCACAGUGUGAAAGCAGAACCGAAACAAGUGAUAAAUGCAACAAUGUUGCGACUUUCAGCUCCCCAGUGGAACCGAGUCCGCUUGGUCAGGUGUGAAAGCGACCUCAAAUAUCUUUCUCCAGAUUUUAGACAGGCAGAAAAAAUAAAAGAAGUACUUAGCUUACUUCUUUGAUACCUCUCACAGAAACAUCAAACCACAGUGGAACAACACAGCUAUACAUGUGAAUGAACUUUUUUUUUUUUUUUUUUUUUUUUUUUAAUUGUGACUGAGACAGUGGGUAAUAUUAGCUUGUGGCUGGUGGCCGCAUUUAUUGAGCUAAAUGUGAAUAAUCCUUUUCCCAACAGCUCUCUCUUGCUUAGCACGCAGGCUAUUAUUGGAAUGAAGGUCACUGAAAAAAUAAAUUUUACUCACAAUGAAAUGUUGCUCUUAUCAAGGUUAUUCAGCCUCCUAACACACCCUCUCUACUCAGAACUAGUCCAGGCACAUUGUGUGGGUAGGAGAGGGAACUUAAACUUGUAAAGUCAAUGUUGAGAAAAAUUAAGUUAUCAAGCUAAGUUUUUUUAAGUUACAACAACUUGAAUUUUUUUUUAAACCCACCAACAAUAAAGUUUGAGUAUGAAUGAUACAAAAUUAAUUUGAUGUAAUUUUUACAUUAUUAUUUGAUCACAACUUAAAAAAAUAAAGUUUGCAACUUAGAAGGUUUAUCUAAUAUCAUAGUUUCUGGUGUUUCUGGAGCCAUUCUUGAGUGGACACUCAAAAGAACUACACUUCACAGCACUUCUGCAUCAGCUAUAUUUCUCAUCCUGCUGAUUAAUGCCUGCUUCUGUUGAAUACCACCAAGCAUUACACACUGCAAUUAGUUAGUACUUCUGUCUGCCUUUGGCGUUUCACAUUGUAAACAUAUAUGCUUAGAGGCCACGUUGACUGACAGGACCAUACGCCAACAUCGCUGCCAUAUUGGUGGUAGCAUUAUGAAGAGAUACAGACUCACAUGUAUACAGACACUGACUGAUACAAAAGGACUGCACUGGUCUAAUUUAGACCUGUCACCGUUAGCAGAGCCACUUAUACCACUUAUAACCACUUAUAUCUAAAGACUUAAGCUUUCAAAUGAAAAAGUCCCCUAAUCAUCUGGUGGCUGUCGUUUCUAUAAAUACAAAGUGUGUAAUUAAAUAUUCCAUUGUACGGAGAGCACACAUGCUCGUAGAAAUUAGGAUAAGUUUAGAGUUUGUGAAGUUGUGACUGUUAAAUUUAAUCAACACUUUACUGAUGGCUUUGGGUGGUGUUAAUAUUUAGAUCGUGAGCCACCCAUGAUCACGCAAAUACACACCGAGAAAACACCCUUAAGCCAGAUAAUACCAGCAGAGCAUCAAACAUACUGCUGACUGAGGAGAGAAUUCACAGGGACUAAUUUGGAAAGAGACUAAGAGUGCGUGCGUGCGUGCGUGCGUGCGUGCGUGCGUGCGUGCGUGCGUGCGUGCGUGCGUGCGUGCGUGCGUGAGCGAGAGAGAGAAAGAGAAAGAGAGAAAGAGAUCGACUGUGUGUGAGAGUGUGUGUAAAUCUGCUGGUGUCUCAGAGAGGUGGGAUGAUAUAUACCGUCUCUUAUGGUUGCAUUUAACACAUCUCACUUUUUAAUUUGCCAAUUACACAGCGAGCAAGAACCAAAGUGUGGGCCAUGUUUUAUUAAUGUGCUAUUGAGCGCAUGGGUGGGAGCAGGCAGGGAGGCAGGGAGGGGGGUGAGGAAAGGGGGGACUUCUGUAAACCACCCCCACCCUUACUCUGGGACCGGCCUAAUUGGCACUGUGAUAUUUUACUUUUGUUGAACAGCAUGAGGUUAGUCAGUUAUUACGCUCUGCACACUAUCUCUCCCUGCAUGGAUGUUCGAUUUUACAUUUGUGUGUGUGUGUGUGUGUGUGUGUGUGUGUGUGUGUGUGUGCGUGUGUGUGUGUGUGUAUGUGCUGCACUUCUUCACCUUCAAAUGCAGUUUUUAUUCAGGUUCAAAUACUCUUUAUGAUCACAUUGUACUGUUGUUUUGUCUGUGAUUCUCUGCCGUAUGAAGUGCUGAGGUUGUAUCCAACAGUGUAUCCUGUGAAUGUCAGACAUGUUCUGACCUUCCAUGUUUUAAUGAUUGUCAUGAUUUAUUUUACUGUUUAUAUUGAAGCACCUUAAAGCUCCUGUGUGGAGUUUUAAGCUUGUUAUAAAUAAACUAAAAUUAAAAGUACCGAUUUUUUAAGCUACCAGAGUGACAUGUGACCAACAGAAUCAGGACUGACAAUUCUGCCAUUUUAUUGAUAGGAUGCUGCCUGUUAGUAUCAGUUAAUUGGUUAACUGUCAGCCCAGUUAAUUGGCUGACUGAUUAAUCGGUAUAUCUCUCCUGUUUACACAAACACAGGGCAAAGUCAGCAAAGAGCUAAUGAUACAGUGUGUAAAAGUGGGAGUGUUUAACAGUAUCUUUCUCUUCAGUACUAGACUGAAAUGCUCCCUGGCUACAAGGAGCAUGGUCCUUCAGCUGUCAAGGUUUUAUCAUCAUAAACACCCACCAAUACAAAUUAUUUUGCAAACAAAAACAAGCCUCCUCUUCUUUGUCUUCUUUUUCUUCUGACUGGCACAUUUCAAGUGUCUACCCAAUAAGAACCAAGAGGCAAAUGGCCCUUUCUAGUUUGUCUGUUCAGUGCUGCUGUGAAAUCAUGGCAGUGUGAGAUACUGACCUUCAUGGAAUGGAAAUUGCCUCAAUGUAGAUGUAAGAGGCUUUUUUUCAGGUUACAGCUGGAGAGUGUUGAAUUAAAUGGCAGAACGUACUUGUUGGAAUAUGAUAUAUGUGAUGAGUUUGUCUGUUAAGUGAUGUAAAAAAAACACUCAUGUGUUUUUGAAUUUGGUUUGGGUUUUGUAGAACACAAUGGGUUGAAAAGGGGGGGGGGACUGGUUUCUGUGGACAAAAGGAUUUUUAUUGAUUUAUUUUUUAACCAUAUAAAUGUGGUAAAUGCAGGAUCAGAUUAUUCAAGCACAACAGCAGCUUCUUGUCCUCUCAGGCCACUGUCUCUCCGAUCACAGAAAGGGGUGAGCAAGGGAGCUUUUUUUAAUCAACAAUCUGACCUCUUGAGCAUUUCAUAUUUCUACACACUGCACUAAAACAAAAGGAUUUUUAUUGUUAAGUUGUUAUACAUUAGCUUAAAUGUUUAAAUUAAUGUUGUCUUCCAUUAGUACUAAGUCUAUUCUACAAAGUUCUCUUUUGAGAUUUAUUUCUUUUGAUCUUGUCACUCUUCUUAUUUUUUAUGUUCCUAUUGAAAAUUGUGUUCAGAAUUUUCAAAAUGUAUGUUUUAUUAUUAACAAAAGUCCCAAAUCAGUGGUCAGAAUCUCUGUUUUCCAAUGAUGACAAGUUUAAAAAGUAACUUAUCUCAUGAAUUCUUUAUUCAGAAAAAUUCUUUGUCUGCAUCUUUUUUUCUUUUUUUUUUUUUUUCAAUCAAAACAUCUUGACUUUGAGUGAGAGAGCAUUUAUACUGGAUCAUAAAAGGUUCUGAAUCCAAUUUUUCCUUUCAGGUCAGCAGGAUUCGCCUGUUUCUCACAAAAACAACCACUUCAGACAAGAUUUUAUGAUAGCUGCAUGUGUUGAAAUGUUGAAUUCAGCUUAUUUUGUCUUCUUUUCAUUCUUUUCAGUUCUAUAUUUCAGACCAACAGGGUUUCUAUGUGUGUUCGUCUGUUUGUCUUACAGUGUGUGUGUGUGUGUGUGUGUAUACACUCCAUGACACUUGUAUUUUUCCUCAUGCCCUAUCCAAAGUCUCGGCAACAGCUCUCUCCUGACACCUGGUGGAUUAUUGGAGGAACUGUCACUAGUGGUGCUUCUUCUGCCACUAAAACAGUGGCUUUACUGAGCAGUAUGUAAUAAUGAAACUUUUUUAACAGUAAACAUGUCCUUCUUUCUUUCUGUCCACAGAUUGUAGACACUCUGUUUAUUGGGCGAUACAUUCUGCUGGCAGUGGCUAGCAUGGUCUUUCUGGUGGUACUCUUCAUGCUGCUCCCUUUUCAGCUCCUGGAGCCGGUCUAUGCCAAAGCUUUAAGGACUCAUUAA